CAUGUCACUGUCUACAAUAGCUUCCAUACAGGGAAGUGAAAAUCAUUUCCUGUGCGAUAAACAGCUGCAGUAUCCAGUCCAGUGGUCAUCAAAACUGAAAUGGGCUUCUAAAGCCGAAGGGACGUCGGUGGUGUUGGAUUAGUUAAGAAUAAAUAUCGAUUGUUCCGUUGAAAGUGUGUUUCAGCUGAUCACUCGGUUGCUUCAUGUUUGUUCACUAGCAAGUCGACAAGAGUGUUGGUAAGCUAGUCAUCUGUGUCGACAGUGUGCUAGGUGGCUGCAUAGGAUCUCGGGUUGUCGUUGCUGUCCACAAUGUCGAUUGCUCUGGUUAACUACUGGAUUAUCGUCUGAUGAAGAAUAUCGGGUGGGUGGUUUUUUAAAGGAAGACGUCGGAAUAAAGAGCAAAAAUGAAGAAACAGUUCAAUCGAAUGAAACAGCUCGCCAACCAGACUGUUGGAAGGGCGGAGAAAACCGAAGUGCUCAGCGAAGACCUGCUACAGAUCGAGCGGCGGCUGGAGACGGUGCGGCUGGUGGCCCACAAUGCCCACAAGCGCCUGGUGGGCUGCCUGCAGGCCCACGGCGGCACAGACGGGGAGAAGAGACACAAAAAACUGCCCCUGACGGCCCUGUCACAGGCCAUGCAGGAGGGGGGCAAUCAGCUGGGAGAAGAGUCCCUGAUUGGUAAGAUGAUGGAGAGUUGCGGAGAGGCAGAGAACAGCUUGGCCAGCGUACUGAUACAGCAUGAGGUUCAGAUAGAGAGAGACAUCCUGGACCCCCUCAACCAGCUGGCAGAGGUGGAAAUACCCAACAUUCAGAAACAGAGGAAACAGCUGGCCAAGCACGUACUGGACUACGACUCUGCCAAAAACAGGUAUUUUCAGAUAUCCAAGUCAGCGAUCUCGUCAGGAACUAACCCGGCUCUGACUGCCAAGGUGGACGCUCUGAAGGAGGAGAUGGAUGAUGCCUUGAACAAAGUGGAGAUAUGCAAGGACCAGCUGUCUGCAGAUCUGUAUAAUUUCUUCUCUAAGGAGGGGGAGUACGCCGGCUAUUUCCUUACGUUACUGGAGGCUCAGGCAGAUUACCACAGGAGAUCUCUCACCACUUUAGAGAGCCUCUUACCCAACAUAAAAGCACAGCAAGAGUCUUGGAUGGAGAAGCCGGCGUUUGGCACUCACCUGGACGAGCACCUGAAGCGCAGCAACCGGGAGAUCGCCCUGCCCAUCGAGGCCUGCGUCAUGAUGCUGCUGGAGACCGGCAUGAAGGAGGAGGGGCUGUUCCGAAUCGCUGCGGGAGCCUCCAAGCUGAAGAAGCUGAAGGCGGCGCUGGACUGCUCCACCUCCCAGCUGGAGGAGUUCUACUCCGACCCCCACGCUGUAGCUGGCGCUCUGAAGUCAUACCUGAGAGAGCUACCUGAACCCCUCAUGUCUUUCCAGCUCUACGAUGAUUGGACACAGGCAGCAAGUGUGUCGGACCCCGACAAACGAAUGCAGGCUCUGUGGGUGACUUGCGACAAACUGCCAAAGAACAACAAGGCUAACUUCAGGUAUCUGGUGAAGUUCCUGGCCAAGCUGGCCCAGGACAGCGAUGUAAACAAGAUGUCCCCCAGUAACAUCGCCAUCGUCCUGGGGCCCAAUCUGCUGUGGGCCAAAGCCGAGGGCAAUCUAGCAGAGUUAGCAGCUGCUACCUCAGUCCAUGCAGUCGCCAUCAUAGAGCCCAUCAUCCAGCACGCUGAAUGGUUCUUCCCAGGAGACAUCGACUUCAACGUGUCGGGCAUGUUUGCCCUGCCGACGGUGGCUGGCGGUGACUAUGACUCGGGCACCCUGGAGAGGCGGCGGCCUGGCAGCAUGGAGAACGACAGUCGGAAAGACAGCACCCACCGUGACCACUUCACCACACCCCCAUCUCAGCGGAACGGGGGUCCGGGCACGGCUGGCAUGCCAGCGGGCGGGUCCCGCAGCGGCAGCCCCCACAUGGCGCGCAGAGGUACAAAGAAGCCUGCCCCUGCCCCGCCCAAACCGGCCAACCCCCCUCCAGUGCAGCCUGGCCCUCAGGCGCCUACGUCGUCCGGGGCGACCACGCCCGCGGACCCACACCCCAAACUGACCUCCCGGCACUCCCAGUCCAGUCAGAGCGGAUCGCCGCACCCGGGCGCCGUCCGCCGCCACUCCAGCACCCUGACGCCCCUCCAAGCGCCCAACCACCCGCCCCCGCAGCCGCCGCCCCAGAUAGCCCCGCCUCCCCUGCUCAAGGGCUCCGGCCAGGCGGCGGUGACUGAGUCAGGGGCGGACCAGUCCCCUCCCAGAACCCCCAGCCCCCCGGACACCCCUCCACCCCCGACGGAUCCCUCCGAAAUGAACCCCUACGCCCUGCCCUUCUCUUUCCAAACCGGCUCGCUGCCUCGUCCAAAGCCUGUGCCGAGACCGCGGCACCGCCCCGGUGUGCCUCCGCCCCCCCAGCCCCCCACCCACGCCGGUGACGGCGCCAACGACCUCAAAAUCUUCACCGAUUCGGGCGUGGCUUUUAAAGGGCUGAGCCGCGCCUUUGUCCCGGUGGUCGCCGUGGAGCCACUGACUAGGGGGACCCCAGGCCCCGAACCCACGCUUUCUCCCCCUCUGGACCCCGCGUUUGACUCAGAGAGCACCGCCUUGUGAGACAGGACGCGCCCCCCAGUGCCAACCCUCAUCUCUCUCUGGACGAACGGAAACCCUAAAACCCCAAAGUCCCAAUACCGCACCCUCUUUUACCCCACACUCUUUCAAACGCACACCCUUUUCAUCCCCGUCCAGCUUUUCCACCCAGUCAAGCCCUAAAACCACCCCAAAAAAUCCUCAAACAACUCACUGUCCCCGCCAAUAUCUCCCUCUUUCCUAAACGCACCUCCUUCACCUCAGCCUCUAGCCGUCUCACCCGAAUUCCACUCCCCCUGUUGUCGAAACCCACCAUCCCAUGCCACUGCGACCACUGGGGUUACUGGAGGACAUCAACCCUUGGCCUGGCGGUGACUGUAAACCAUUCCACAGUGCGGUCAACUCUGGCCAGUUGACCGCACCAGGACCGCUGAGGACCAAAGCAGAUAACUCUGAAGGCUUUUGGGGGAAAAGAAAAAAAAAACAUUUUAAAAUUCACUGUGCUUCUAAUCGAGUUUCUGGUGAUGGGAAUAUCCUUUCCUCUUUUUAAAAAAAAAUGAAACAUUCAAAACUUUUAUAUAAAUGAUAUUUAAAGAACAUGUAUUUGCUGUAAGCCUGGGAGAGAAAAGGUUAGAAUGAAACUGAAAAAGAAUAAUUUUAAAAAAGCAUAUUGCUGUUGGUGUGGCAUAGCAGGGAUACUGCGGGAUCUCAGUUUCCGCGUGCCGUACCGGUGCUCAGAGGAGCCUGGGAAUGCUGGUCCUCCGCUCUGUCUUUACGCUCACCUGUACACUCACCUGCAUUCUUUCUGCAAUAUGAGCAUGUUAUUGACGUACGUGACUCCAGCAUCAUAUGAUUGUGGGCACCCACAGGUAACUGCCUUGGAAUUAUUUUACAAUCUACUUAGAAAAGAGCCCUAAAAAUAUGGCUGCUACAUUUGGAUUUCUAAGGACUCUUAACUUAUCUCCUUCCCAACCAAUACUGCAGCCUGUUCCCAUGGAUAUAGCAGGGGACUGAAAUUAAAAUAAGUCUCCUUUACUCAGAGAGAUAGAACUAAAAAUAUCAUUUAUUUUUAUAUCUGUACGGUCACAUCAAAGAACUGACAAUCAGGUGUUCCGUUCAGGUGCAUAUCUCUCUCCUCUCCUGCAUUAUUUAUUAAAAGCACCAACUGGUUAAACAUCUUUCAUUUUGGAAUACUGUUUGAAAUCGUCUCUCAGAAAGGGUCAUUAUGAUUACCAUUAUUGCUAAAGAUAAUUUUGGAACAUUUUAGUUAUUUUUAUAUGACAAGGUCCACUGGUUUGAACUUACAUUUGAAGCUACAAUGUAUGUUUUUAUCAUGGUUGUUUCUGUUCUGAGUGCAAACUUCCUUUCACUCUCCCACGAGUACAACUUACUAUUGUAGGUGAAAUCAUGGGGGGAAUAUCGUAAGACGUAAUGGAAAACAUACUAGUAAAACUUUUCCUGAUAACAUUUCCCGUUCAUCAGCUGUCAAAUUUGUAACAACGUGCAAAAAAAUGUCACUUGCUCACUUAUUUUUUCCUCUUUGCAUUCAGAAGUUAUUGGCAAAAUGCCACAUCGGUUUGACUGAAUGUCUGCUUUAUCUUCGACAUAAAGUAACAUAGCGAAAGGCUGUUUCUCUGGUCGUUUUCGGAAAUCCACAGUCCCGUUGUGCACUCUACACUGUUACCGUGCGGCAGAAUGCGUGGUGCCGAUGGCUAAAUCCUCGACACUUCACACAACCACGCUGUGCUGGCUGCGCUGUAUUGGUUGUGCAUUUAGUUACUGUGACGACAAUCGUAUACACUCUAAAAAAGGAUGUGUUAAUAUCCAACAUACUUUUGUGUUACUUUCAACACAUUUUGUGUCAAUUACUAUUUGUGUUACAAAUAUACAUGUUACAAAGGGAGACUUUUAAACACAGACUGUGUUGAAAGUUACACAAAAUGUGUUGUCUUUGACUAGACAUGGAUGUGUGUUAAAAAAUGACAUUGUGUGCUGUUUUUAACACGUCCGUUUUGUGAGUAUAUUUUUAAGUCUGUGCCUUUUCCAUGUGGUUUAAGUGAACUUCCAAAUUCACCAACUUGCCUUUGUCUGCAUAGCUUGGGAAGGUUAACUUUUGGAUGUGCGAUCUUCCAUGCUGCAUAUGAAUCUCAGCUAACAUUUUAUUCAACAUACAGUAAAUGUAUGCAUUUGAAAAUAAAGUGUACAUUUUUUGUUUAUAUGCUCCCGUCUCAAAAUAAAAAAAUGUAAGGGGGAAAAAUGUUGCGCUGUUUAAUGUCUUGCCAGACACAAAUUGUUUUUCUGAAUUUAAAUUCUUGCCUUAUCCAGAAGCAGUGUUUUUUUUGACUGUGUAAUCAAUAAAGUGUUUUUAUUCUGUCUGUAAACAGGGAAGAAAGAACUGUAAAAGCUAUUUGAACUGGCAAAAAACGCAACUUCAUCCACAACACGUAGUCAAGCUCUACUGGGCAGGCUUAGGUUGCUCAUAACGUACUUCUCACUUUAUUAAAAAAAAUACAAUCACUAUAAUUUAGCAAAUAUACUUUUAAUAUGAUUCUGCUAUAAAAUGUAAUGUAAUAUAAAAUGUUAUAAAAUUUAAUGAACAGUAAAGAUUUAGCAAUGUACUGACUUAA